AUGGAUAUUUCUGAGAUUACAACUAGUUCUUCCGUUAAUGGAGGAGGUGAGGUCCUACAAAUGAAUGAGCUUGGUUUCUUUCCCAACGUCGAGAACCUUACUGCUCAGAUUGAAAAGUUGGAUACCCAAGAACCAAAGCAUAGAUCGUUACUAGAAUCGAGCUAUGAGGUUAAAGUCACAAGAGUUGAUGAUGAACCUCUACUUUCUGUGACUAAAUUCGAAGAAUUAAACUUGGGUCCAGACUUAUUGAAGGGUAUAUAUGAAAUGGGUUUUACAACUCCAUCAAAAAUUCAGGCAAAAGCAUUACCCUUACUUCUCAAAAAGCCACCGCAAAAUAUGAUUGGUCAAUCUCAAUCCGGUACUGGAAAAACAGCUGCAUUUGUGUUAACUAUGUUGAGUCGAAUAGAUUUUAAUUUGAAAUCUCCACAAGCACUUUGUUUGACACCCUCAAGAGAACUUGCUCGUCAAAUCAUGGUGGAAGUCAGAAAAAUGGGAAAAUAUACACCGGUAAUAACCGCAGAAGCUAUUAGAGAGUCUCAUAUUAGAGGUAAUAGAAGUAGGCAUGAAGAAUUUGCUGAAGCCCAACUUAUAGUUGGUACACCUGGUACCGUUUAUGAUCUACUUAAGAAACAUGUGAUAGAAAAAAAACACAUGAAAAUUUUCGUUCUAGACGAAGCAGAUAAUAUGUUGGAUCAACAAGGAUUAGGUGAUCAAAGUAUAAGAAUUAAAAAUAUGAUGCCUCGUGAAUGUCAAAUUGUACUCUUUUCGGCUACUUAUUCUAGUGAAGUAAGAACUUUUGCUACUAGAUUUGCACCCAAUGCAAAUCAAUUCAGCUUAAAAGUUGAAGAAUUAUCAGUGAAAACUAUUAAACAAUUCUAUAUGGAUUGUAAAAAUGAAGAUCAUAAAUUUGAAGUUUUAGAUGAUUUAUAUACUUUAUUAACAAUUGGACAAAGUAUCAUUUUCGUUCAGAAACGAGAAACUGCUGAUCGAAUUGCUAAACGUAUGACUGAGAAAGGUCAUAAGGUCAUUAACCUUCACGGUGGUCUUUCAACGACCGAACGUGAUGAAGUUAUGGAUGGAUUCCGUAAAGGUAGUGCUAAAGUAUUGAUUACCACCAAUGUUCUCUCACGCGGUAUCGACGUGUUACAAGUAAAUCUUGUAAUUAAUUACGAUAUACCAAUGGAUUUGAGCGGUAGAAAUCCUGAUUAUGAGACAUAUUUACAUCGUAUUGGACGUACUGGAAGAUUUGGACGUAGCGGAGUUUCCAUUAACUUUGUUCAUGAUCCUGUUAGUUGGGAAGUUGUAAAAUCUAUAGAAAAGCAUUUUCAACGUGAAAUUGUGAGGGUACCUACUGAUGAUUGGGAUGUGGUUGAAAAGGUUUUGAGAAAAGAAGUUAACAAUUAA